AUGCAUCUUGGCAACAAGAAGCCAGUCAUCAAGACAGGGGAAGAUGGUGAAGUCAUGAUGCUUGAUAUGGUUUGCUAUUACAGAGAAUACCUUGGUAAAGAUCCUGGGAACGGUAGUAAGGCUGAACAGGAGCACUCUGUAUUGAAAGUGGUCGGAGCCCGUCAUGAUUCUGAGAUAACAUCUCUGAAUGGGAUGAACAUCUAUGUGAAAAGGUUGAGCGAGGAGUCUGCCAGACAAGAGAGUCCCGUUCCCCUCAAAGACACCAGGCUCCUGGACGUGAAGCUGGGCCAGCUGCCCAGCUGGAUCGCAGUGCGGGAUUUCACCCCCUCCGGGCUGACGGGGGCUGUGCGAAGAGGUUAUGACAGAUACUUAAAUAAGUACAUCAAUGUGAAGAAAGGGAGCAUCGGUGGUGUUGCUAUGGUGCUUUUUGGUUAUGUUGUUGUCAGCUACAUUUGGAACUAUGAGCACUUGAAGCAUGAUCGUUGGAGGAAGUAUCAUUGAAACAUUAACUUACUGCAGCAAUGCAAGUUGCAGACCUGGACGCAGCUGCUGGAACAACUUUCCCUGAUGAAGGCAUAUAAGCCAGUCACACUGAAUUCUGUACUGUUAUAAUUCCAGGCAGAUUCUAUGACCAAUAAAAUAUGUACU